AUGACUUCAUCUUCAGAUGAUGAGAUUGAAAAAAAACUCAAAACUGAACAAGAAGAGCGAGCGAAUGCAUUCAAAGAUUUUUGGCCCAAGAUCAAACGACUUAUCCCAUAUGUGUACCCCAAGAAUGAUUCAUGGUUGAAGUUCAUGAUCUUCUUGACUUUUUUCUUCUUGGCUCUGGGCCGUGUUGUCAACGUGUUGGUUCCUAUCCAAACCAACCGUAUUGUGAAGCGUCUUUCAACUGAUGAUCCGUUUGAUGUAUGGGGCAUUCUCCUUUACAUUCUGCUCCGAUACUUGCAAGGCGGUUCAGGUAUUAUCGCUGCAGCCCGAGGAUGGGCAUGGAUCCCCAUUGACCAGUAUAGUAACAGCACCCUCACCAUCCGAUUUUUUGAGCAUGUUCACACUCUAUCACUUCAAUUCCAUUUGAAUCGAAAAACUGGAGAGCUGCUGCGGAUUCUGGACCGAGGAACUAGUUCUAUCAUUUCACUAAUAAGCACCGUCAUGUUUCAGUUUGUACCCGUUGUGGCAGAUGUGGCCAUCGCUGUGAUAUACUUCUGUCUACAAUGGAGCUGGAAGUACGCAGUGAUUAUCUUUAUCACAAUCGUGGCCUAUAUUCUGGUCACAGUUGUAGUCACUGAAUGGCGAACUCAAUUCCGAAGGGCUAUGAUCUCAUUCGAUAAUGAUGCUCGUGCUAAAGCGGUAGAUUCGCUACUGAAUUUUGAAACAGUCAAGUACUAUACUGCAGAAGAAUACGAGAUCAACCGGUACAGAGCCGCCAUCGGCAAAUACAUGAUCGCAGACUACAAGAGUCAAUUUACCUAUCAGUUACUGAACCUUGCGCAGUCGUUUGUCAUCACCAUGGGCAUGUUGGCAGGAUGUAUGUUGUGCGCAUACGAAAUCUCGCUGCGCGAACGUGAUGUUGCUGAUUUCAUCACUUUUAUCAUUUAUUUGAAUCAGCUCUACGUACCUUUGAACUGGUUCGGUUCCUACUAUCGCAUGCUUCAACAAAAUUUCAUCGACAUGGAAAAGAUGAUCAAACUAUUGGACCAAAACCAGACCGUCAAGGAUAUUCCUGGAGCAGAUCGCUUGAUCGUGCAUGAUGGCGAAGUUGUCUUUGACAACGUGAGCUUCCAGUAUGAUUCUCGACAGAAAGGCCUACAGAAUAUCAGCUUCACAGUCCCCAAGGGCAAGACUGUUGCCUUGGUGGGCCCUACUGGAUCAGGAAAAUCGACAAUCUUGCGUCUACUCUUCCGAUUUUACGAUGUUGCCCAAGGUCGGAUUUUGAUUGACGGUCAGGAUAUUUCCAGAAAGACACAGGCGAGUCUUCGUGAACAAAUUGGUGUAGUUCCCCAGGAUUCAGUUCUCUUCAACGAUUCUAUUUAUUACAACAUCAACUAUGGACGAACCGACGCUACUAAAGAAGAAGUGGAGUUCGCGGCAAAGGCGGCUCAAAUCCACGACAAAAUCUUGGAUUUCCCUGAGCAAUAUGAUACGAAAGUGGGUGAGCGUGGAUUAAGAUUAUCAGGAGGCGAGAAGCAACGUGUGGCAAUUGCGAGAACUAUUUUGAAGAACCCACCGAUCGUGUUGCUGGACGAGGCUACCUCUGCAUUGGAUAGUGUGACCGAAAGUCAGAUCCAGACUGCAUUGGCCAGGAUGACAGAGAAUAGAACGACACUUGUGGUCGCCCAUCGUCUGAGCACUAUUGUCAACUCGGACCUGAUUAUUUGUCUUAAAGAUGGUGCUAUUGUCGAACAAGGAACACAUGACGAACUUGUUGAGCGCGUGUAUUACGAGAUGUGGAGACAACAGAUUAGGGAUGAAAUGGGCGAUGAUUCGACUGUAGAUGGCACUGUGUCGGAUGAUUCGGACUCGAAGAAAAAGGGCAAGGGUCGCAAGGAACCAAGAUCUCGCCAGCCAUCAGCGCCAACUGAACAACAGGGAGAGGCCUCGUCUGCGGUAUCGCCGUCUUUACCAGCUGUAAAGCCAUCCGUCCCUACUGCUACUCCUAGUGAUGUUCAAGAAGUGCUACAGGCUCAAACAUCUAAUGACCCAAACGAACUCACACAAGUGAUUGUGGAGCCCUCAAACGUUGCAAUCACAGCUACUGCUGUUGCUGCAAAUCCUCCACCGAGUGAUAAGAUGGGUACUAAAGAGGCCGUUGUGGUUAUUAGCGAUCCAGCAAAGGAACAAGAGAGCAAAAACGAGGUUGUUCAGAGCCAACCUAGCCAACCUAAUCAACCUAAUCAACCGAGCGUAGCCUCUGGGUCCGGAUCGCAGACAGCCUCUAAUAAGUCGUCCAAGUCGCGUAAGAAGAAGAACAAGAGGAAAUAA